UGGCUGGCCCGGCCCCCACUGCCGCCCUGGGAGCGGGGCUGGCCCCACCCCCGCCACUCCCCGGGGCCGCGCUAUGAGGCGAUGCCGCUCUACAAGGAGCGCGUGUGCUACGUGUGCCACCAGCGCGUCAAGAUGCUGGAAGGAGUAAAGCAAGCACUGUGGCUAACAAAGACAAAGUUAAUAGAAGGCUUACCUCUGAAAGUACUUAGUAUUACUGAUGAACCAGCCAACCAACUAGAGAAUCAGGAUGAUAGAGUACAGAAUGCAAUCUCUCAUGCACGUGUCUGGAAUACCACUGAACUUAUUCCCAAGAGAGAGAAUUAUUGCCCUAUGCUCUUGGAAGACUUGUUACAUUUGUGUAGGACAAUGACUAGCAAGCAUCCUUCCCUUUGUAAAAGAAUGUUGGCUAGAGACUACAGAUUGGCAGCUACAUGGGAGAGAGAAUCAUCUCUUCUUCAAGUUCGUGGCAUGAAUGGAAUGCUUCUGAAUGCCAUGAACCCUUUACCGCCAGUAGCCUCAAAGGAUGAGAUUCUGGCUACUGAAAACCACAUUCUAGAGACCUUCUAUCCCGUCUCUCCUACAAUUGAUCUUCAGGAAGUUAAUGUAUAUGAAGAACGAAAUGAUAUCGGUUUUAGAGAGGGUUAUCCCUACCCUCAUCCUCAUACUCUGUACUUCGUGGAAUCAGCCAAUAUGCGUCCAACCCGAUUUAAACCAGAACAGCUCCGAGCUAAAAUGCUCAUGUUUGCUUUUGGCAAUGCCCUGGCAAAGGCUAAGAUUCUGUAUGGGAAUGAUCCCAAAGUUCUAGAGCACCCGGUAGUAGUACAAAGCAUUGGUUCAGAAGGACGCAUUUUCCAAUUCAUGGUGUUUCAGUUAAAUACAACAGACUUAGCUUCUAGUGAUGGCAUUAAAAACCUCGUCUGGAUUGAUUCUGAUCAGUAUAUGUAUGACUACAUCCGAUAUCUUCCAGCAAUCAGGAAGAAAGUUGUCAAGUAUCCUCCUGGAAUAUAUGGCUAUCGACCUGAAAUAUUCAACAAGUUUCUGGCACUGUAUUUGCAUGGAGCUGUGUAAAUUUCUACUCAAAUCAAAACACUUGAAGUUCACUUUCCAUUGUUGCUUUUCCAUCAGAAGAUUGUACAGCUGAGCAAAUACGAUAGCAUUCUGCUCUUAAAUGGUAUUUAAGAGUUUAAAUCUUAAGUUUUGAAAUUAAAGACAUUUUUUAAGCAAA